AUGCAUGGCGUGAUUGCCCAACUAAUCUGGGCAUUUUUAUGUCUGAUUCUGAGACACACUUAUGCUCAGGAGCCGGAUGAGUGUGCGAGGGUUCACGCCAUAAUAGCGCGGGGCCAAGGUGGCGGCGACGAUCUCAACGUGAUGAGCACACUUUCAGACCUGAUCCUUCAGCAGAUCCCGGACUCAACCACAGUUGGCUUACCCUAUGAUCAUGAAAAUGUUCUAAGCAAUGAGGCCAAGAGGCUCACGGUUCAUGAUGGUGCAGUUCUCAUGCAGGAGUUUAUUGAAGAGUACCUCGAAAGCUGCCCCGACACGAAACUUGUAGUAAUUGGGUAUUCGAUGGGCGCAAUUGUCAUGAUGGAUGCCAUUUGCGGAACCAGUCAGGUUGGGUUUCUCUUCGUUGCUCCUCUUGAACGAAGCUAUAAUGAGUCAAUCAUAGCUGCCAUCGCGUAUGGCGAUGAAACAUACGUCCCCGGAAUGCCGUGGAAUGUGGGGAACUGCACGCUCGGCAUAGGGGUGAGUAUUUCCCUAACUCCAAUCUCCCCCUCAACGAUGAAGCACAGUCUAAAAUGUGGCUACGAGCUCAUCCCUCGCAUGAAUGCCGCAUUAUGUGACCCAUUUGGUAGCUCACUACAUAGCUAUUGUGAUUACGGCGACGAACAAUGCUGCUCGCCUUAUCCAGCAGACGGAAACGCUGCCCACCAUACCUAUGUCAACAAAUAUAACCAAAAUGUGGUGGAAUUUAUCAAACAUCGACUGGCGACAUUCAAAGUAUGA